GCAGACCUUCAGCCGUCCCGCCCCUCCCUUUCCAGAGCUCCCGGUUCCUUAGAAACCAGGCGGCGCGUACCCGGUGCCUGUGCGUUGGACUACGGGGCCCGCGCGUCCCCGCCAGCCUCCCUCUUGGAGGGCGGGUGGUGGCCGAGACCGGUCUAGACCCAUGGUCUCCAGUGCAGCGCGGGACGGGCGAUGCCAGCAUGCCAGGAGCCAUGUUUGACCAGGACUGUGGGAAGUUCGUAUUCAUGCUGGAGGCUCUUGUGAGGAGAUGAGCUGGUGAACAGAGAAACCGGCAUGAAGAUGCUCCCAGGAGUGGGCGUGUUUGGGACCGGCAGCUCCGCCCGGGUUCUGGUCCCACUGCUGAGGGCAGAAGGGUUCACCGUGGAGGCCCUGUGGGGGAAGACUGAGGAGGAGGCAAAGCAGCUUGCCGAGGAGAUGAACAUCACCUUCUACACCAGCCGGACUGAUGAUGUCUUGCUGCAUCAAGACGUGGAUCUUGUGUGCAUCAAUAUCCCCCCUCCACUGACGCGGCAGAUAUCUGUGAAGGCUCUAGGUAUUGGGAAGAAUGUGGUUUGUGAGAAGGCAGCAACCUCAGUGGAUGCCUUCCGGAUGGUGACCGCCUCACGCUACUACCCACAGCUGAUGAGCCUGGUGGGGAACGUGCUGCGCUUCCUGCCUGCCUUUGUGCGCAUGAAGCAGCUGAUCGCGGAGCACUACGUGGGCGCAGUAAUGAUCUGCGAUGCCCGCAUCUACUCAGGCAGCCUGCUCAGCCCCAACUAUGGCUGGAUCUGUGACGAGCUCAUGGGUGGUGGGGGCCUGCAUACCAUGGGCACCUACAUUGUGGACCUGCUGACCCACCUUACCGGCCGGAGAGCCGAGAAGGUACACGGGCUGCUCAAGACCUUCGUGAGGCAGAACGCAGCCAUCCGUGGCAUCCGCCAUGUCACCAGUGAUGACUUCUGCUUCUUCCAGAUGCUCAUGGGCGGGGGGGUGUGCAGCACAGUAACACUUAACUUCAACAUGCCAGGCGCCUUUGUGCAUGAGGUCAUGGUGGUGGGCUCUGCAGGACGCCUCGUUGCCCGAGGAGCGGACCUCUACGGGCAAAAGAACUCUGCCACGCAAGAGGAGCUGCUCUUGAGGGACUCGCUGGCUGUAGGGGCAGGGCUGCCCGAGCAGGGGCCCCAGGAUGUCCCGCUGCUCUACCUGAAGGGCAUGGUCUACAUGGUGCAGGCCCUGCGCCAGUCCUUCCAGGGGCAGGGGGACCGCCGCACCUGGGACCACACCCCUGUCUCGAUGGCCGCCUCGUUCGAGGAUGGGCUGUACAUGCAGAGUGUGGUGGAUGCCAUCAAAAGGUCAAGCAGAUCCGGGGAGUGGGAGGCUGUGGAGGUGCUGACGGAAGAACCUGAUGCCAACCAGAACCUCUGUGAGGCGCUCCAGCGGAAUAACCUGUGAGCCUGCGUGUGGGCUCCCUGCCCCCCCGGGGCGGAGGGGCCAGUGGCAGGGGGGACCAGAAGCUGAGGCGGGAGGGCUCGGCCGGAGCACAGACAGUGUCUUUCAUUUCACCAGUGAACUUGGGCAGGGCCCAGGUGAAAGCCAAGGUGGCCCUGGGAAAACACCCCCUCCACUGCUCAUCUACUCCUCACACUUGCAGGGUGCUGAUGUAGCUGAGGGCCAGCACAGUGAAGCGGGUUGGAGGCUGCCUUCGCCAAUUGGUGGUCCUAACUAGGUGAGGAAGCAUGGCAAGAACCCAGCUUGGCUGGUUCCUCACCUGAGGAAACAUGACAAGAAGCCUUGUUUUCAUGCCCUUCCUGGGCUAGGGCAUCUCAGGAAUGGUGAGGGCAUCCAGUCAUCCCUCAGGGAUCCGCACCUGUCGUCCUUCCUGUGUGACCAGGCCCUUCCAGCCUCUAGGCUGCCCCUUCCCUGGCAGGGAGGAGGGGUUGUUCAUUAGGUAAGCUCUCAGGGGCUGUUGACCUGGGGCAAAAGGGCCUGUGACUUGGCAGAGAGGAGAUAGGGAGGGUUCUGGAAUAUCUGAUAAAUGUUCGUAAAUAAACCAGAAAGUCUG